CAGAGCUUACGUCAUGACGUCAUCGCGUCAUGCGUCAUCCCAGGGCAGGAGGUCCUACGGCUCAGAGCUGGCGCGCCGGAAAGCAACGAAACAAGGAUUAAUCCAAAUACUAUUGAUGGAACUAAAAUUUGAUUUUCUUUGGGUAUUUUAUGUAUUCAUUGUUGAAGAUACAUUUUCAAUGUAGUUUUUAGUGAUUGCAUCUUGACAUCACUUGUUUAUUCCAACACAAGGAAGCGCUCGGCCCUGCUAACUCUAUUAGCUAACAUUAGCUCCAGGAGACUGGUAGCUAACAUUAGCUCCAGGAGGGCCCGCUACGCGGCUGAAGGAAACAGUUUAUCUUGAAGAAGCUCAAAAGGAAUGAGUGAUGACUUCUGUUGUGAUGUCAGACAGCGGAGGGAACAUAGUUGAAUAUGUCACCGUGAUGGAGGACCCACAGCAGGGUGACCAGUAUGCCUGUGAGGAGGAGGAGGUGGUGCAGCAGGAAGAAGAGGUGGUGAUCGAGGAGGUGACUGGACAGGAGGAGGAGGAGGAGGAGGGGGAGGAGGAGGAGGUGGUGGAGGAGGAGGAGGAGGAGUGCCCGGCAGUGAUCGUGGAGGAGGUGCCCAGUGCCCAGGUGGAGCAGUGCUACGCCGCCCAGGUGCUGGUGUACGGCGAAGAGACGUACUUGAUGCAGGACGUGGCCGAUGAGCAGGAGGUGGUGACGGAGGUGGUCGAGACGGUGGAGAUGUCGGGUCACGACAUGGUGUGUUUCGACAAGACGUUCGAGGCGGCCGAGGCCCUGCUCCACAUGGAAUCCCCCGGCCUGGGCCUCCACCCGGAGCGCAACUCGGAGGAUGUGAUGAUGGAGACGGUGGUGGAGGUAUCCACGGAGUGCGCUCCGGUGGAGGAAGACUCCUUCCCUGUUCCCUCAGAGUGCGAGCCAGCGGUGAAGAAGAGGAGAGGCGGAGGACGCAAACCAAAGACGCACCAGCCGGCCUCCAACGGUUCCUUUGAGCUGGGGAUCAAGAAGAGACCGAGGGAGAGUAAAGGAAACACCACCUACCUGUGGGAGUUCCUGCUGGAGCUGUUGCAGGACAAGAACACGUGUCCCAGGUACAUCAAGUGGAUGCAGCGGGAAAAGGGCAUCUUCAAGCUGGUGGACUCCAAGGCCGUGUCCAAGCUGUGGGGGAAACACAAGAACAAGCCCGACAUGAACUACGAAACCAUGGGGCGGGCACUCAGGUAUUACUACCAGAGGGGCAUCCUGGCCAAGGUGGAGGGCCAGCGCCUGGCCUACCAGUUCAAGGACAUGCCCAAGAACAUCCGCGUGAUCGAGGACGAGGACGGCGACGAGGCCGAGGACGCCGAGGGCGUGAUGGUCAACGAGCACCAGAUGGCCGUCCACCACCUGGCCCAGGAGCAGAGCGGCGUGGGGCUGCCGCAGCACAGCUACGUCACCGUCAUCCCCGCCAACGCCGGGACCAGGUCCAUCCGCACCCUGCCCCUGGUGAUGACCAACUCGCUGGGCCAGGUCACGUUAAACUCCUCCCCCAUCUUCACCACCUCGGGGGCCGGCGGCGCCCUCACCCUGGGGGGCUCGUCCGGCGGCCCGCCGCCCAAGCUGGUGAUCCAGGCCAUGCCCUCGGUGCUGCCGGCGCCGGGCGCCAAGGCGGGCGAGAAGAUCACCAUCAUCACCAUCCCGGCCAACCAGCUGGCCAGCCUGAUGCAGGCCAACUCGGCCGGCCAGCUCACCCAGUUCCUCCAGGCCCGGACGCUCGCCGGGGCCCACCUGACCACCACGCAGGUGGGCCCCAAGGCGGCGGCCGCCCCCCCCCCCGCCGCCGGCGCCACCCUGCAGCUGGCCCCCGGCCGCCAGGGGCCCCAGCUCAUCCUGGCCAAGCCGGCGGCCCUGGCGCAGGCGCUGCCGCAGCUCACCGUUCAGCGCGUGGCGCCGCCGCCGCAACACGCCGCCGCCGUCGUCACGGCGACCGUCCACGUGUCUCCCGCUCCGGUGGCGGCGGUCUCCGUACCGGUGGGGCCGGCGCCGGCCCCUCAGACUGACCCCGCCGCGGCGAGGGGCCCCCAGGAAGCGGGGGCGUCGCCCGCCCCAGAGGACUCGAAGGACUCCUAGU